AUGCCGGUACACGAGCUCUUACGUGAAGCCGUGUUACUUACGCUUAGUCGUGGAAGCGAACGUAUUGAUAGAACAGCGAUUAUAACUGCUCUUGGACAAAUUACUACCAUCACGGAUAUUGAUUCAUUAGGAAAUCUCGGGGAUUUGUCAGAAUGGUAUGUAAUUUUUAAAACGAAAACUGCUCGUGAAGAUGUUCUCAAGGUUCCUGAAUUGAAGAUUGGUGAUCAAAUCUUUUUAAUUAGUGAACCUUAUAAACAUGUUAAAAUCGUUCGUCUAUUAAACUUACCUACAUCAGUACCUGAUGAAGAUAUUCGAACCAUUGCGUCCAAUUGGGGUGGUAUCGUUCUAAGCGUUGAUGCUGAAAGGUUACCUCAUCCUUUUGAAGCAAUCAAAUCGUUCGUACGUCGUGUUCGUAUACAUUUUUCAUCUCGCCAAGAUGAGGAUAAAGUUCCAAUCUCAUGUCGAUUCGGUGGAUUUAAUGUCUCGGUACAAUUGGAAGGUCGUCAAAAGGUGAUGAAUAAAGAUGGUAAUGGGCAGACAAACGAAAGUGGAGAUAUGAAUCAGAACACUCCAACAGUUAAUACAACUGGGUCGAGUGAUAUUGAUUCAGCUUUUCCCGUGGUAGCUCGAGAAGAAUUACUUUUCGAAAGUCCACAUUUAAUGGCAGGUGAUGAAGAACGUGAUGUGAUUGCACCGGUACUCAUGCGUGAUGUAGCACUAAACGAAUUCAAUCAAGCCGCUGAUGUAAACUCUUUUCAAUCGAUGUCAGGUGGAAAUGAUGAACAUAUCUCAGAUGUUUCUGCCCUUCAACACCAAGUAUUAAUUGAUGCUUUUAAAAAUGCAGAUAAUGAACUUAAACGUACAAAUGCUGAUCGAAGCAUCGACUCGGACGUUGAUAUGGAUCGUAAGAAAUCACAUAUAUGUAAUUCAUCAACCUCAACCUCAGGUGAAACUGAAGGUGGCGAAGCGGUUGAGAACUAAAACGAGAACAAAAAAAAAUUAAAAGUAAAUAAAAAAAAAAAGGUUUAAAAUCAAAGAAGCUAUCCAAAUUAAAAUCCCAUCUUAUUGAUCAAACUAUGCUCAGAAUUAUAUCUUAUAAUAUUAGGGGAAUAACAACAUGUAAAAAACAACAACUGCUUAAAAUAUGGUUAAACCAAAAUCCACAUGACAUUGUUAUGCUCCAAGAAACACAUAUGACAAAAUUUUUCCAUCUUGAAAAUUUUAAAAAUUCUUUUCUUGAUUAUAAUAUUAGGGGGG